AUUGGCUUUGGGGAUGACCAGUGAAAUAUACCUGCUGGAGCACGUGCUACAUCCACACUUUGAGGUUGGAAUUAUAUUGUGAAAUUGUGAAAAUUAUAAUUCUGUUUGAGUGUAAGAACUGUUUAAAAGACAGCAUKAAAUUUCAGUCUGUGUCAGUGGGAUGGAGUUUUGUCCUGCCUGGUGACAUCACUAGGCAUUAAAUUAGUUAAUAGACUGGGGGGGGUACUCAGUGUAUUUACUUACUUUCUGUGGUGAAUAACACCCUCGUGCUGUGAGUAUAGUUCCUCUCUCGUUCUGAAAUCUCACCAGUCUCUGUGUAGCAGAGGGAUUUCCCCUACAUUACACAUUAUUUACAUAUUAUGUAUUCUCUUUUAAAACCAGAACCCCAUCACUGCCCAGUCAAUCUCAGUUACUGAAACUGGAAAGUACACAAUUUUAGCAUCUAUUUCAGAUCUUAUUCUUGAUUGUCUUAUACUGUAUUGCUAUGUCAGAAGGACAGUGUGGACUGGGAUACUACUAUGAUGGGCUAGUCGAGGAGUGUAAACAAUGCUAUUUACGAUGCAAUUCACCACCCAGGGUUUGCACAACAUACUGUACUCAAUCAUCAGAGAGCAAAGCCCCUGAGCCGUUCAACAGUCGUCUGACCCUGGUCUGGCUGUUUGUGUUCCUGUGUGCUUUUACUACUCUCCUGCUGCUGCUGCAGGUACUGAGGAAGAAGACAUGCAGACGUUUCCCAAAGAACAAAUUAUCACGACUACAGGAAGCAGAGUGUCCCGGGACUGAGAUGGUCUCUGAUGAUGUCCCUGAGCAAACAGUGGUUAUCAUGGGACAGGACAGCUUGACGAGAGGAGCUGGAGCCAUGGUUCUCCAGGAGGGAACAAACAGCCAGACUCCCGACUGCAACUCCAACCUGCCUGUCCCUUCCACUGAGGAGGGCACCACCAUACUGGUCACAACCAAGACAGUACAGAUCUUUAACCACACAGAUGACAUUACAGACGGAAAGACAUUGGGGUUGUGGAGGUCUGGCUUUGUAGCUUGAUGUCCCCCCCGCCCACACACGCACACACACACACACACACUGCUUGCC